ACACUCAUUGCACCUUCCUGCCACCCCGGGCAGUGUCUGGGCCCUCCGCUCCCCCUCCCUCCACCUGCCCCUUCCACCCACUACCACCACCACCACCACCGGCCCACUGGAGCCCAGCUCAGGCCCAGAAAAGACCAAGCCUAGAGACAUGGGAGUUCGAGGAGCGUUCCAUCUACUGCUCGUGUGCCUGAGCCCAGCAUUGUUGUCUGCUGUAAGGAUCAAUGGGGAUGGCCAGGAGGUCCUGUUCCUGGCAGAAGGUGACAAUGUGAGGCUAGGCUGUCCCUACAUCCUGGAUCCUGAAGAUUAUGGUCCCAAUGGUCUGGAUAUUGAGUGGAUGCAAGUUAACUCAGAACCCUCGCAUAGGGAGAAUGUGUUUCUUACUUAUCAAGACAAGCGGAUCAGUCACGGCAACCUCCCUCAUCUGCAGCAGAGGGUCCGCUUCGCAGCCUCAGACCCCAGCCAGUACGAUGCCUCCAUCAACCUCAUGAACCUGCAGGUGUCUGACACAGCAACCUAUGAGUGUCGGGUGAAGAAGACCACCAUGGCCACCAGGAAGGUCGUGGUCACUGUCCAAGCACGUCCUGCCGUACCCAUGUGUUGGACUGAAGGCCACAUGUCAAAGGGCAACGAUGUGGUGCUGAAGUGCUUUGCCAACGGAGGCUCUCAGCCCCUCUCCUACAAGUGGGCCAAGAUCAGUGGGCACAGCCACCCCUACCGAGCUGGGUCCUACCACUCACAGCACAGCUUCCACUCUGAGCUUUCUUACCAAGAGUCGUUCCACAGCUCCAUCAACCAAGGCCUGAGCAACGGAGACCUGGUGUUGAAGGGCGUCAACGCGGACGACGAUGGGCUGUAUCAGUGCACAGUGGCCAACCAUGUGGGCUACAGCGUCUGCGUGGUAGAGGUGAAAGUCUCAGACUCCCAGCGUGUAGGCAUGAUCGUCGGCGCAGUGCUGGGCUCUUUGCUCAUGCUAGCCUGCCUGGCAGUAGGCAUCUGGGGGCUCAUCUGCUGCUGCUGCGGAGGCGCCGGGGCCGGUGGUGCCCGAGGUGCCUUCGGCUACGGGGUCGGCGGCGGGGUCGGCGGAGGGGCCUGCGGCGACUUGGCUAGUGAGAUCAGAGUGGACGCCGAGGCGCCCGGGUGCAAGGCCAGCGGGCGCGGCAGCCGCGUCACCCACCUCCUGGGGUACCCGACGCAGAACGUCAGCCGCUCCCUGCGCCGCAAGUACGCGCCUCCGCCCUGCGGCGGCCCCGAGGACGUGGCCCUAGUGCCCCGCACCACCUCUGCCGCCUGCGAAGCGGGUCCCUCCCCGGUCUACAUCAAGGUCAAGAGCGCGGAGCCGGCCGACUGCGCCGACUGUGCCCAGGUCGAGCAGCGCUCGUGCAAGGACGGCCUCUUAGUGUGAGCGCGCAGCACCGGGCUGCGCCCCGGCUGGGAGGCGGUUCGGGGGCUCUCCGCCCGCAGCUGGGGACAGGUUCGGGCCAGCAGACUUGGCUCUCAUCGGCCACCUAGCGGUGGUAAGGGGGUUUCCCUCUGAGAAGCCAAGAGGGGCAGAGCCUCCUCCCCUCGAGUGGGAGGAGAUUGGGGGGGAUAAGAAGACAGUUGGAGCCUUCCCUCAACCCUGGGCUCCAGGGAUAGUUUGGGAGAGGAGCGCUGUCUGUAUCCCAGAAACGCAGAGGUAGGAGCCAGAUGUUCCCAGCCAAGGCAGAGGGCCCCCCAGCCUUGGGUAGGUGGAUGUCAGGGCUGAAUUGUUCUGUGUGUGAGAUCUGAGCUCUGAGGCAACAGUGUUAGCACAAUAAAGAAGCUUAAAGACUG